UUUGUUAAAAUUGUUCAGAGAAAAAUAAAUAUGGCAUUCAACAGUUGUAAUUCAGUCUUAGCUAUUGUCCGUACAAGAUUCCCUAGCCAUUUUGUCCAUCCUAUCUGCUCUUAUUCCCCAUCACUUGCAUUUCUUCACUUGCCAGAUUCUCAUUUAAAUAAGACAUAUAUGAAGAACUAUAGAAGCAAGAAGUACUGUUAUCCCAGUCAGUCAGGCAAUAAAAUACUUCAUUUACGAACUAGGCCAAUACAAAAGUUACACACAUCAGCUUGUUGGCUACAACAGAACCCUGGUAAACCUCAGCUGGAGCAAACCCCAGAAAAGGCAAAGGUGAUAAGCCCUCAGACCACAGAAGAAAUUGGGAUAAAUAUUAAAGAAGGAAAGCGAUCUCUCAGACAAAAAAUUAUGGAUGAACUUAAAUAUUAUUACAACGGAUUCUACUUACUUUGGAUUGACACCAAAAUUGCUGCCAAAAUGGCUUGGAGGCUGCUUCAUGGACAGGUGCUGACCAGACGAGAGAGACGACGGCUAUUGAGAACUUGUGCCGAUUUCUUCCGUUUGGUUCCAUUUAUGGUAUUCAUAAUUGUACCUUUCAUGGAAUUCUUGAUACCAGUGUUUCUGAAACUCUUCCCAGAGAUGUUGCCAUCAACUUUUGAAAGUGAAUCCAAAAAGGAAGAAAAACAGAAAAAGAAAAUGGCUGCAAAACUGGAAGUAGCAAAAUUCCUUCAAGAAACAAUUACAGAAAUGGCAAGGAGGAACAGAGCCAAUAUGGGAGAUGCCUCUACACAGCUAUCAUCCUAUGUAAAACAGGUCCAGACAGGCCACAAACCCAGCACAAAGGAGAUAGUUCGCUUUUCCAAAUUCUUUGAGGAUCAGCUACCCCUGGAGCACUUAGAUCGACCUCAGCUUGUUGCCCUUUGUAAACUGCUAGAAUUGCAGACCUUUGGAACCAACAGUUUGCUCCGCUUUCAGCUCCUGAUGACAUUGAAGUCUAUAAAAGCAGACGAUAAAAUAAUUGCCAAAGAAGGGGUGAAGACUUUGAGUGUGUCAGAACUACAAUCUGCUUGUAGGGCCCGAGGGAUGAGAUCACUGGGUCUUACUGAGGAACAACUUCAACAACAGCUCACAGAGUGGCUGGACCUCCACCUGAAGGAGAAUAUCCCUCCUUCCCUUCUGCUCCUAUCGCGCACCUUCUACUUGAUAGAUGUGAAACCAAAGCCAAUUGAAAUACCACAAAGUGGAGAAGUUCCAAAGACAGACAAUCCUGUGGAAUCACCUACUACUUCCCCUGACUCCAAAGAGGACACAGUAGAUUCUGCACCUCAAUCGAAGGGAACUAAGGAUGAAGAAUUUACACAACUGCCAUUAAUACCAUCAUCACCCAUAACAUUAUCAACACCUAUUUCAUUACCCAUUACUUCUUCUAAAGAAGCUACACUCCAGGCCAAAUCACACAAGACAUCCCAGAACAGCAAGGCUAAUUCAAAAGGAGCCUAAGAACUACUUGAGGAUGGAGCUCCCUCCCUCCAGCUAUCAGCCCUCAGCAGUGGCACCCAUGAAGGACCUCAGGCUAAGACAGUAUCUGGUUUGAGACAGAGGAUCAGCCAUUUAGUCCUUGGAGCAGUCCUUUGGGGCCUUGUAACCAUUCCAGAUGAUGUCAGCAGUGACACCAAGUUCAGGCCAUUUAGAGAAAUGUAAUUGCAAAGUCCAUUUCCUCUGUACCAUUAUGUCAUCCCACUAAACUGUAAAGCCCACCCCCGCCACCAUGUAUUGUUUUGAACAGUUUCCUAUUUGUGUGCAUGUCUUUUAAGAAAGGAAAUUGUUUUGCAUAAUGGAAUUACCUUGGCACCUUGGAUAUCUUUGCCUCCUAUGGUUUGGAGUCUGGAGUCAGAACUUGGAGACUUCAAAACCCAUUUUAAGAGCACCUAAAUCAACUUUUUCAGAAUGAUCUAUCAGUAGGAACAGAAACAAAGUACCCUAUGAGACAGGAUGGUUAUACUUCUCAGUAAGGUUUUUCUAAAUAUAAAGGGAAAGCUUCUUAGACUGGCAAUCGAGACUUGGCUACUGCUUAACUGUUCUAAGGCAUCCUCCUCCUGGGCUUGCAAAGGCUGUAGGAAUCUGGGAGGUGGCCACUAUUCUAGCACAUAUGGCUUCCAUUAGCCACCAUUUUGCUAAGAAACAUAAUUAAGGGUUUAACGCUUAACCAUUUGUGCUGGGUGAGUGUUUUUUUUGUCAGUUUGUCUCUCACAAAUAAGACUUUGUUAGUCAUAGGGGUUGGUAAAGUCCAAUACAAUCCCUAUGCUACUUAGUAACAAGUAUAAUGUUUAGUUAUUUACAUUUAGUGUUUUCACUAUUAUUAAUGGUGAAACAACUGAACAGACAGUUAUGCAGCUGACCAAGAGCUUUCUUCCUUUGGGGAAUUGAGAAGGGAAAAGAUAUUUUAGCCUGUGAGUGAUGAAAUUUGAUUACUUGCUAUGAAACAAAACAGUUAGAUGGAGUCAAUUAAACCAAGUAAAAUGCAGAUCUGCCUCACCUGAAACCACCUAUAUGAGAAACAUCACCAGCAUUUUAUAGCAAGAACAUGCACUUUAAAAUGCUUCCUAAACGUCUCCAUCAGAGGACAAGUCCACCCUGUCCUACCAGUUAAUUUCAGCUCCUUCAGGAUGAAGAAUCCCUACUAUGCAAUAUAGGAUUCCAUGGAUCUUGCUAUUGGCAGAGCCAAGUGAUUUCACAAUAAAUUUUCCCAUUUUUAA